AUGUCCCAUUCACAUGUCCACAAAACUACACCUAUACCGCCUCAGAGAAGUGUUCAAUUUUUAAAAUUGUAUAAAAAUGCUUUAUUCUCAGACAACGGGUACAGUAGGAUUAUUGAUGAUGAUGAUGAUAGUAUAGAUUUUGAAGAAAAUAGAGUAUUGUUUGAUGAGGAAGAAGAGUUUAUAAAAGCUGAACUUGACACGUUUAACUCAAAUUCUAAUUCUGAUUCGGCAUAG